UGAGCCCUUUGUCCCCUCACCUCACCCCACCCCAUCACUCCUCUCCUUCUUCCUUUUCCUGCACUCACCCCCCUCCCUCCCUCUCUCCCACAACUUGUCUUUUCUUAAAAAUCUCUAAUCCAAAUCUAGGGUUCAACUUCCGGAGCGCUGUCUCUCUUCUAUAUUUCCCUCCCCUCCUAUAUCUUUUAUAAUUUCAAUUUCCCCAGGCCACUACUUAAAAAAUAUAAACAGUUUUUAAUCUUCGCAAUUAUUUUUAUACUUUUCACACUUUUUCUGUGUUUUCGUGUUCCUGUCUUCUUUUGAUGGUUUUGUGCGCAUGGCUGGUUUGGAUUUAACCCCUCCUCGUUUCAUGCACCAGUUCCAAAACAGUCAACACCGCGAACAUGAAGACAGCCAAUUUUCCGGCGACCACCAUGACGACGACCACCACCAGGGCCUCUCAUCCGGCGGGGACAAUGUCACCCGCCGCCCGAGAGGCCGCCCGCCUGGAUCCAAAAACAAGCCCAAACCACCCGUCAUCAUCACAAGGGAGAGUGCCAACACGCUCCGAGCUCACCUCCUAGAAAUCGGAAACGGGUGCGACGUCUUUGACUCAGUCGCCACCUACGCCCGCCGCCACCAGCGUGGGAUCUGUGUGUUGAGCGGUAGCGGCACCGUGGCCAACGUCAAUUUAAGGCAGCCGACCGCGGCAGGGGCGGUGGUGACUUUACACGGGAGGUUCGAGAUUUUGUCGCUUACUGGGUCGUUCCUGCCGCCACCUGCACCGCCAGGGGCCACAAGCUUGACGAUAUUCUUGGCAGGAGGGCAGGGGCAGGUGGUGGGAGGGAACGUGGUUGGGGAGCUGAUCGCGGCGGGGCCGGUGAUUGUUAUCGCAGCGUCGUUUACUAAUGUUGCCUAUGAGAGGCUGCCGCUGGAUGAGGAGGAGGAGGAUCCAGCGCCGCCGCAGGGUUCCGUUGCCGGAAGUGGUGCUGUCCGUAUUAGUAAUAGUAAUUUGUUUCCUGAUCCUUCUGCUGGGCUUCCUUUCUUCAAUUUGCCUCUCAAUAUGCAAAACAACGGUCAGUUGCCGGUUGACGGCUGGGCGGCGAACGCAGCUGCCAGUCGUCCCCCGUUUUAAGUGGGACGAGAACAAAUCAAGUACGAACGACAGUGAUACCACAUCAUCGUUGACAUUGGACAGCAAUGUUCCAUUAGCUAGUGGGAAAGCAAUUCCAGUUGGGUGGAAAAUUAGGGUUUAUGAAGCAUAAAGGUGAGCAAACAUACUGCUGUUAAUUUGUUUCUACUAAUCAUUGUGGUGUUGGUUAAUUCCUCUCCUCUUCUCUUUGUUUUUCUCUUCUAGGAUUUCUUUUGUUUUUCUCUUUUCUCUGGUUUUUGUUGUAUCCUUGAUGAUUUGUGGAGAUAGUCUUCUUGUUGUACUUCAUGGAACUUUGUUUUUGUUCUUCCCUC